CACACAAUUGUAUAUGUGAUUUCAAAGAGAGAAAAUGACAUAUUAGAAUACUCAAAUCCUAGAUAUUCUAUCUAUGUGUAUUUUAUAAAAGACGACAUUGAUCAACAAUCUGAACCAUUUUUACUCUACCAAAAUUAUGGUAUAACGAUAUCAAAUGUGGGUCUUAUUGAUCAUUUUCCACUUCAAGCACAACUAGGAAAUAUGAGCUUUGGUUAUAAAAUAACUGAAAUCACCAAUAACCUUACACUAAUGGAUUAUGGCGUUUUUAGUAAUAAUACUUGGUGGCAUAUAUCAAGGAAUAACUCGCUUGAUAAUACACUUUUACAUUUGAUGAGAAACGGGAUUAAUAUCACUCUUUCUUUUCCAAUUAAUCCAUCAUCCGGAAAUAUUUCUGUUUACCAAAUCAUUAACCAAGAUACUUACUUAUUGCGCCAAACUUACUCUGCUACUUCUUCUAACUGCGAAAUUUAUAAUCGGUCAACAUUGUCUUGCCAAACUUUAUCUAGCAUAUUUAAUCGAAUUAACAGCAAUUAUAUUUUCAGUGUUGAUGACAAUUUUGUUAGAUCAUCAUCAUAUAAUGAACCUUUUCGUGGAAUUGCGAAAGGAAUUUGGCGUGUAAUAACGCCACUAUCAUAUAAUUCCAAGGAAAUUUCUGAUUCAACGGAAGCCACUUUACAUUUAAACUCCGGUUAUUUAACAAAUGACAAUCAAUCAAAGCUUCUUGAUGAUUUGCUACUACAAAUAAAAGAAAGUAUUCCUCUAAUGGAUGAUCGCUUGAAAAUAACCUAUAAUGUCCAACCAGAUCCUUCAGAUUCCUCUAAAAAGCUAAUCAAAUUUUCAAUUGAUAAUGCAAAUGUCCCUAAUAGUGAUCCAAGUGUAUAUGAUGUUUGUUGUAAAUGA